AUGUACUUCACAUUAAGCCCUCAGGACAGUCCGAGCAGACAUUCUGGAGACGUCUACACAUUCGAACACAUCCCGGACACUGAACCUCGCUGUUCAUCAUGGACCUGAGAAUCCUGCUUGUAGCUGCAGCUCUCGUUCUGGGGACGACACUGACCAUCUCCCUGGCAGACCGAACCUCACAAUGCAAAGUCAAAUGGUUGUUUGGCAUCGCAUGCAGCGAUGUCCAAGGACAGCUGGUGAACCAGAUCAAGGCCUGGCAGAUCAGGCAGAGCUGCCUGUAUGCAGGAGAGAAGUGCUCAUAUGAGCUUGUGUCUUCAGUUCCGUACCUGAUCAAAGCUACACACACGUCUCCGAGCACCAAGAAACUGAGCGACCUUCAGUUUCUUCUGGAGCAGUCCACCGUUUGCAAAGUGACUGGAGAAGCUGUGUCUGAAUUCACCAAAGAUCCAGCCGAUAACAGCACCAACUACUGCAGCCUGCAGAACCUCAUGGACGGAAGUAAACUGAUUGAUGCUGAGGGAUACAGACAGUUCAGCAACAAGUGGAUCUGUACCGGGUUUGAUACGGCAAACUGCAGCCUGUCAUAGAAGGACACACUCCUGGAUCCAAAUGUUGUCUUAUAUGAGGAAUAACAAGGAGAUCUUUGUGAAAGCUAGUAAAAUUUGUUUUUAAUUAUGUAUUUUUCUUUAUUUUUAUGUUCACUGUCACCAUUUGUUAGUAACUUUAAAAUUAUUUCACAACUUAUUUUACAAAACAAUGAAAUCCCUUUAAUAUUUUCUCUAAAAUCAGUUAAAAAGCAGUGAUGAGGCAAACAAUUUUGUUUCACAUUAAUGCAAUGACAUGCUGAAACUGAAUAAACCAUACUGACAUCAA